GGUAGGUAAUAUAGUCCCUUUGUUUUCGUUUGGGAAGUUGUGGCAAUUGGGGUUCUACGGGGAAUUACACUAAGAUGCAGAGACAAACAGCUCCACCACUUAAACCUCUAUUCAAAUCACAAAAGCGACGCAAAUCCCGCAAGCGAAAGAAGUCCAAAAUAAAUCAGUCAAAGCAGGACAGAUACUCACGACUUUGUGCCCCCGUUUCGCAUUCCUUCCAUGAUUCCCCGCACAGUUCUAGCCAUGAAAUCUGGCGCAAAACCUACGAAAAUCUAGUUAAGUGGCAAAUUCAACAUCAGGCGCAAUAUUGGCGCAACACUACAACACAAUUAAGACAGGAGAAUGCGGAUCUUAAGAGGAAAUUGGAUGCAGCCGUUUCGUGCGGGGGCAGUUCCAAGGACGACCUGAUCGAAACGUACACAGAAAAUGAGUCUGAAAAUGACGACGACGACGGAUCUUCGAUUGACGAGAAAUAUUUAGAAUUUAUGACUAUAACUAAGAAUCAUCAAUUAGCAGUACAAAAUAUGAAAAGCGAUGCAAAAGGUAAGGAAGAAACUUGACCAAUCGGCCAGAGGCUGCUGGUUCAAAUUAAUAAAUUGUUGUGAG